AUGAGCACUGCGGCGUUGGUAAACGCCAAAUCUGUCCUAAUAGCCACAAUCUCAGCGCCAAUUAUCUACAUGUUAGGCAUGGCCAUCUACAAUGUCUAUUUUCAUCCAUUGAAUCGGUUCCCUGGGCCGGUAUCGCAUGCCAUUUCUCGCAUUCCAUACUUCUAUCGUGCAGUUCGCGGUACACUUCCGUUUGAUAUGCUCAAAUUGCAUGAACGCUACGGAGAUAUUGUUCGUAUUGCUCCUGAUGAGCUUGCAUUCUCUCACCCUGAUGCUUGGAAAGAUAUCUUUGGCCAUAAGAAUGGAGAACCGGAAAUGGCCAAAGCUGCGUGGUUCUAUCGCCCACUCGAUGACCCUCUUCACAUUGUCAAUGAGGACACUGAUGAACAUAGACGGUUGCGCCGGCAAAUGGCCCAUGGCUUUUCAGAGAAAAGUAUGAGAGCUCAGGAGCCUAUCAUCCGGAAGUACGUUGACCUCUCACUCGAGAAGCUCCAUCAAAGCUGCAAAAAUGGCAGCCUGGUGAUUUUGGAUUGGUAUAAUUUUACAACGUUCGAUAUCAUCGGUGACUUAGCAUUUGGAGAGCCUUUUGGGUGCUUGGAAGGCUGCAACUAUGACCAAUGGAUCAAAGGAAUUUUCAAAGGAGCAUACUUGGGCUCUUUUAUGCAGGCGUUAUCAUUUGUUCCUCGGUUGAAGAGCACACUCUUGUUACUAGUCCCGAAAUCCAUGCAAGAAGCCCACCAGGGACACAAAGCGUUGACAAAGGCUAAGAUGCUUCGUCGAGCCGCUAUCACAGAAAAACGUCCAGAUCUUAUUGACGGCUUGCUGAGGAAUAAGGAUGAACUUAAACUUGGCCUUGACAAACUGAUUGCCAAUGCCGAGAUUUUGAUCAUUGGAGGGUCUGAGACAACUGCAUCACUCCUGAGUGGAGUUACCUAUCUCUUGCUGCAGAAUCCCAAUGCCUACGAGACGUUGAAGAACGAAGUCCGUUCCAAAUUCAAUCAUCAAGAAGAGAUCAACUUGAUCAGUGUCAACAAGCUGUCAUACAUACUAGCCUGUCUUGAUGAGGCAUUGCGCAUGUAUCCUCCAAUCGCCAAUGGCCUUCCUCGUGUUUGUCCAAAGGAAGGCUCUUGGGUUCUAGGUGAAUACAUACCGGGGAAGACUGUUCUAUCCAUUCACCAAUGGGCCCUGUAUCGCCGCGAAAAACACUUCAAAGAUCCCAACACAUACCACCCGGAGCGAUUUUUAUCGAGUCCAGAGUUUUUAGACGAUCGCCGUGAUGCAUUCCAGCCGUUCCAUACCGGUCCAAGGAAUUGUUUAGGGAGAAACUCAACAUACCAUAAGCCAUCUCAGUGCUGCAGAACAGAGACCUCCCCAUUGCAUCUUUCAAAGGUCCUGCUCAAGAUGCCGAACUGGCUUCUCUCGAGUUCAACUCACGUCUUGUCUACACGAAUGCGUGUACGUGCACCGAAGUCUUGCUCCUUUGAUUAG